AUGAAUAUUGCGCCUGAGAAGAGGGAGUGGCUGUGUAUAAUCCCGGAUAGGCCGGGUAUGCUUGAGAAGAGGCUUGAGAUUCGGCCAAUUCACCUGGCCAAUCUCAAACCACUCAUUGAAUCCAAGAAGGUCGUUACAGGCGGACCAAUGUUCCACGACGCUCACCCUACAGAAGGCAAACCCGCCAACUUCAAGGGAAGCAUGAUGAUCUUCCGUGCUGCGACUGAGGCCGAAGUGCGCGAGUAUCUGAGUAAUGAUGUUUAUGGAAAGGGGAACGUGUGGGAUCUGGAGAAUAUGCAGAUCAUUCCUGUCGCUAUUGUUGUUUGA